CUACAAGUAGUUUACAGCAAGUGUAGUUUUUGAAGAGAGAGUUUUUGAAUAUUUGAAGAAAAUUGACAGAUAGAGAAAGGUUGUGGACUGUUACUGCUGCUACCACUACUCCUAUGAGCGGUUGCUCUUCUUUCUAUAGAUUUGGUGUUGGUGGGUCUUCCUCAUUUUCUUCUCUAGGCCUGAAUCCAUCUUCAAAAUUCAGUCUUUUUCUAGUGGGCGUUGCUCGAUUUCUGGUUAUAGUCUGGGUUUGAGUUGUUUUUUGUGGUGGUUCUGUGAGGGGCUGUGAUCUGUAAUUGGUUGGGUGGAGGGGAAGUUAGAGAGGAGGAAGGGGAGUUGGGGAAGUUGGAUAGAGAGAUGGCGGACAAGCCUGAAGUUUUGGAGGCAGUGUUGAAGGAAACUGUGGAUUUGGAAAACAUACCCAUUGAGGAGGUUUUUGAGAAUCUGAGAUGUAGCAGAGAGGGUCUCACUUCUGAGGCUGCUCAGGAGAGACUAGCUAUUUUUGGGUACAACAGGCUCGAAGAGAAAAAGGAGAGCAAAUUUCUGAAAUUUUUGGGGUUUAUGUGGAAUCCUCUCUCAUGGGUUAUGGAAGCUGCUGCUAUCAUGGCCAUUGCCCUUGCCAAUGGAGGAGGAAAGCCUCCUGACUGGCAAGACUUUGUGGGUAUCAUUACUCUGCUUGUUAUCAACUCCACCAUUAGUUUUAUCGAGGAAAACAAUGCGGGUAACGCUGCUGCUGCUCUCAUGGCUCGUCUUGCUCCUAAAGCCAAGGUUCUUAGAGAUGGAAGGUGGAGUGAGGAAGACGCUGCUGUUUUAGUGCCGGGUGACAUAAUUAGUAUUAAACUUGGAGAUAUUAUUCCUGCUGAUGCUCGUCUUCUUGAAGGGGACCCUCUAAAAAUUGACCAAUCUGCACUUACUGGGGAGUCCCUUCCUGUUACAAAAGGCCCUGGAGAUGGGAUUUAUUCUGGUUCUACUUGCAAACAGGGAGAAAUUGAAGCAGUGGUCAUUGCCACAGGAGUCCAUACCUUCUUUGGGAAGGCGGCUCACCUUGUUGAUACCACUAACCAAGUGGGGCACUUCCAAAAGGUCUUGACUGCAAUUGGGAAUUUCUGUAUUUGCUCUAUUGCUGUGGGGAUGAUCAUUGAAAUCAUCGUCAUGUAUCCCAUUCAGGACCGGGAUUAUCGUCCUGGAAUUGACAAUCUUCUUGUGCUUCUCAUUGGAGGAAUUCCUAUUGCCAUGCCUACAGUUUUGUCAGUGACCAUGGCCAUUGGCUCUCAUCGUUUAUCUCAGCAGGGAGCUAUCACAAAGAGAAUGACGGCAAUAGAAGAGAUGGCGGGCAUGGACGUGCUUUGCAGUGACAAGACUGGAACUCUAACAUUGAACAAACUGACUGUUGACAAGAAUCUUAUUGAGGUUUUUGCUAAAGGAGUAGACCCGGAUACUGUAGUUCUGAUGGCUGCUCGGGCCUCCCGAAUAGAAAACCAAGAUGCUAUUGAUACUGCUAUAGUUGGAAUGCUGGCUGAUCCAAAAGAGGCACGAGCAGGUAUUCAAGAAGUGCACUUCCUUCCUUUCAAUCCCACUGAUAAGCGAACAGCAUUGACUUAUAUUGACAGUGAAGGCAAAAUGCAUAGGGUCAGCAAAGGUGCACCGGAGCAGAUACUAAAUCUUGCACGCAAUAAGUCAGAAAUAGAGCGUAGGGUUCAUGCUGUGAUUGAUAAGUUUGCAGAGCGAGGUUUACGAUCACUUGCUGUUGCAUACCAGGAAGUUCCAGACGGUAGGAAAGAGAGUGCUGGAGGCCCAUGGCAGUUCAUUGGUCUCAUGCCCCUCUUUGACCCGCCCAGGCAUGAUAGUGCAGAGACUAUAAGGAGGGCUUUGAACCUUGGAGUAAAUGUUAAAAUGAUUACAGGGGAUCAACUGGCUAUAGGAAAGGAAACUGGACGCCGCUUGGGAAUGGGGACAAAUAUGUAUCCUUCUUCUGCUUUGCUAGGGCAGAAUAAGGAUGAGUCUAUUGCUGCUUUACCAAUUGAUGAGCUGAUAGAGAAGGCUGAUGGUUUUGCUGGUGUUUUCCCUGAGCACAAAUAUGAGAUUGUAAAACGCUUGCAAGCUAGGAAGCAUAUAUGUGGAAUGACUGGUGAUGGGGUUAAUGAUGCUCCUGCGCUUAAGAAGGCUGACAUUGGUAUUGCUGUUGCUGAUGCAACUGAUGCAGCUCGUAGUGCUUCUGAUAUUGUCCUUACUGAACCUGGCCUUAGUGUUAUCAUCAGUGCUGUUUUGACCAGUCGAGCAAUCUUCCAAAGGAUGAAAAAUUACACUAUAUAUGCAGUUUCCAUUACAAUUCGUAUUGUGCUUGGUUUCAUGCUGCUGGCCCUCAUCUGGGAGUUUGACUUCCCGCCUUUUAUGGUGCUCAUCAUUGCGAUUCUCAAUGAUGGUACCAUUAUGACAAUAUCAAAGGACAGGGUGAAACCAUCUCCUCUACCAGACAGCUGGAAGCUGGCUGAGAUUUUUACAACUGGCAUUGUUCUUGGCAGUUACUUGGCAAUGAUGACAGUCAUUUUCUUUUGGGUUGCAUACAAAACAGACUUCUUCCCGCGGGUAUUUCAUGUGUCAACCCUUGAGAAAACAGCUCAUGAUGACUUCCGAAAGCUUGCGUCUGCAAUAUACCUGCAAGUGAGCACUGUCAGUCAGGCUCUCAUAUUUGUGACCCGAUCUCGAAGUUGGUCUUAUGUUGAGCGUCCUGGCUUGUUGCUUGUGGGGGCUUUCUUGGUUGCUCAGCUGGUUGCUACUUUGAUUGCAGUCUAUGCUAAUUGGAGCUUUGCUGCAAUUGAAGGAAUUGGUUGGGGUUGGGCUGGUGUAAUUUGGCUCUAUAACAUCAUCUUCUACAUCCCACUUGAUUUCAUAAAGUUCAUUAUCCGCUAUGCUUUAAGUGGAAGGGCCUGGGAUCUUGUUAUUGAGCAAAGGAUUGCCUUCACAAGGCAAAAGGAUUUUGGGAAAGAAGCACGUGAACUUAAAUGGGCACAUGCACAAAGAACCCUUCAUGGUUUGCAACCACCAGACACUAAGAUGUUCACUGACCGAACCAAUUUCACAGAACUCAACCAGAUGGCUGAAGAAGCCAAAAGGAGAGCUGAAAUUGCAAGGUUGAGAGAACUCCAUACUCUGAAAGGUCACGUGGAAUCAGUGGUGAGAUUGAAGGGCCUUGACAUAAACACGAUCCCGCAAGCUUACACAGUAUGAGAUCAUUCAUGUAUUGGCGUUUACUGGUACUAUAAAAAAAAAAAAAAAGAUGCAUUCUGGUAGUGCUGAGAGUAAGCAAGCAUAUAGUUGUGAGUGACCCUUCAGACAGCCACUUUAAUCUGUGUUAUUAAGUUAUCCAUUCUCGCGGUUAUGGUGCAGUGCUGUUUUGGCUUUUAUUUUUCUCACCCUCUGGUCACAUAACCCCUGCAACACCCAAACAUGGGGGGUUAAAGAAAGAAGUCCUUAAUUAUGUCAAUGGCCUAUUACUUUAUGUUGUAAGGUUUAUGGCAUUUUCGGGUUUUUAUUGCAUUGUAGGAGCAGAGAACCCUGGAGGAUUGAGGUAAUAUUUGUGGUCCUUGAAGCACACCUUAAUCCUCUGUUGCUGAGUUCUAUGCUUAUAUUUGAGUCUUUAUGUACCAGUUCCAAAGGGUUUAUUCAUCCAGAAUUUUUUAGCGUUGACAGGCUUGAGCUCCUGUUGGUCAAGCUUGUUAAGCAAAGCGGGAUUCAAAGUUA